AUGGCAUCCCCCCCGAUGCAAGACCGCCAAGAUUCGACCUGUCCCAUAUCUGCUGACAACUCUUCCAAAGACUCCACGUCAGGUUCCAAGACUUCCAACACCCCCAACACCGCAAAGUCCAACAAGUCUGAUCAAAGCGCUGCCCUGCCAGUGCUCAUGUCUUUGGAUCGCGAGAAGGUCAUGAAAUGGGCGGAAGAGCUUCAUGGUUCAGAAGAAGAAAGUGUUGACCCGACCGAAGAAUCUGAUGAGAACGAAUGCAUUGGAGAAGCCCACAAGCCAGCCGAAGAAUCCGAUACAGGCGAAUACAACGGGGUGGCUAAUCAGCCGAUCGAGGAAAAAUACAGGGGAAAAGUUGAAAGCUUGAUUGUUAGCGAUUGCAGUAACAGUGAUGGCGGAGUCGAGCUCUAA